AUGUUUGAUCAUACUCAGUACCCUUACAAUUGUUUUAAUUAUGAUGGAGAUGACUACCCAACCUGCAGCUCAGACGAAGAGAAAAAGUACUCAAGACCAGCCUAUAGGUAAGUAGAAGCACACUUGAAGAAUCUGCCUCUAGAUCUUUUUAUCCCAACCAUUUUCAGCGCACCUCCAGCCGAUAAAUCAAUUAAAUUAUUUCAGCAGGUAGUGUUGAAAUUAGUUCAAUCAAUUAUGUUGCUAAAAAUCACCAGCUGCUCUAUUGAUCGUGCAGAGAAAAUGCUGGAGUUAGGGAUUCCCUAUGGGUAUCUGUGAAGAAAUUAGUGAUACAAAUUUUUUCAGUGUUCUUCUUCAGGCUGUCAGUAAGAUUAAUGUUGAUUUGAAAUUGAUUACACUAUCUGUUUUAUGUUAUACUUGUAAACUUUUAUGCUACUGAAUAAUUUAUGAAAAAAAAUCUAUACAAAAGAAUACACAGACCCUUUGCCAGUACUAAACCCUAUUUAACGUGAUGUAAUUCAAUGGGAAACGUACAUAUAAAAAAGUUUAAAAAAUUCAUAUGUAUAUAUAUAUAUAUAUAUAUAUAUAUAUAUAAUGUUGAAAAAUUUCUAAAACCAGAAUUAGCCCAAAUUAAUGUGAUGUAAUUAAAUGUAAAAAAUGAUUUCCCCCCCCCCCCCAUUUAAUUUAAAGUGGGCUAAAUAAUUUAAUACUCACUCAAAAACAAUUCAUUUUUGAUAAACAUUUUUUUUUAUAAUAGUUUUAUUAUUCCCGGACCGAAUAUAUAUAUAUAUAUAUAUUCAUUAUGUUACCCUUUGUAAGAACAUUAUUUCACAGUAAACUGUAGUUUGACGGAUACAUCAUUCUCAUGUGCUCAUGUUAAUUUAUUAUCAUGUUUUUGUUUUUGUUUUUUGAUUUCUUUUUUUAUAGCUAUAUUGCUUUAAUUGCUAUGGCAAUCCAGCAAAGUCCUGACAGCAAAGUGACUCUGUCCGGCAUCUACGAUUUCAUUAUGAAGAAAUUCCCAUAUUAUAGGUCCAACCAAAGAGCGUGGCAGAACUCCAUAAGACACAACUUGUCUCUCAACAGCUGCUUUGUCAAGGUAACAUGAUUAUACUUUUUUUUCAUCACAGUCUUCUUAAGAACAGUACUGUCUCCCACUUAAUUAAAGCCAAGUUUAUUCUAACAAAUACUCUUUUAAUUACGUUGGAAAACUUAAAAAUAUAAUACAAGCAACUAGUUACACCAGAAAGAGUUUGUACCUUACGCACUCAUUAAUUGUGAUAGUAUAUAUAUGUUCUGUAUAUACAUAUGUAAUCCAUAUACUGAAUAACACUUACAAUUUCAGCAAUAAAUACCCAGGUACAUGUCUGAAUAGGGGAACCUAAAUAUCAACCAAAACAGAUUUAUUAACUCUGCAAGUCAAUGCUUCCGACUCUCCUAAGUUUAGGAAACAUAAUAAUUGAUGUAUGUUUGGUUGACAGUAACCUAUCACCCAGGGGAUAGUAGGGAUACUAUGUUUUGUUUAAGUGGCAUCAGCAUUCAUGAGUAACAUAUAUAGAAUCUCCAAACAAAGUAGCAAAACUGGAUUUACAUUUUUUUUUUAAAUUAAACAAGGCCUAAAUUGUGAAUGCUGGUACUCAAUUUACUGCAUUUUUCCAUUUGUUGAUUAGAACAUUUUAUUACAGGUUUCAAGAUUUCUAUUUUUUUUUUAAAGUCAGAAUUGAUAUAUACUAGUCAUUUCUUCCAAAUGGCCAAAACAGUUCUGCACUUUUCCUUGUAUAAGAUUAAGUUAUCUGAAAAAAACCCUAAAAGUUAAGCUUUUCUUUCUAGCAUUUGGGAGCAGGAUUCUUAGCAUACAUUAUAGUAUGACUCUUCGUAAGUUGAAAAAAUGAAAUCAAUAGAGAGAUAUAGAUAGAUAGAUAGAUAGAUAGACAGAUAGUUAGACAGAUAGUUAGACAGAUAUAUAGACAGAUAGAUAGAUAGGUAGACAGAUAGGUAGAUAGAUAGAUAGAUAGAUAGAUAGACAGAUAGGUAGAUGGGUAGGUAGAUGGGUAGGUAGAUAGAUAGAUAGAUAGACAGAUAGACAGAUAGACAGAUAGGUAGGUAGAUAGAUAGAUAGAUAUGUAGGUAGAUGGGUAGGUAGAUAGAUAGAUAGAUAGAUAGAUAGAUAGCAUUUAUUUGUCUAUUACAGAUGUAGACAACCUUUGGCACUCUAGAUGUUGUGGUCUUACAGCCAUAAUGCUGGCAAAGUAUCAGUGGAGAUGUAGUCCACGACAUCUGGAGUGUCAAGAGUUGCCUACUGCUGGUCUAUUGCUUAUAUGGUGAGUUAUAAGCUGUACUAUAUGACAUACAUAACAUGAGAGGUUAAAUAGCAAACUGUUGAUGGGAGCAUUUAUUACUAUUAAAGGUCUGCCAAGCAGUGUGGUAUCAAUUUAUGAUCUAAUGAACAGUGCCUAUUAAUUUCCAAAUUGUCUUAGGAAAUUCCUACUACAUGUUAUCUAAAUCAUGCUUCUACGAGAUCCAUUAGAUGUUUCAAGAUAAUCCAAACUUGAUUGGUAACAAUGCUUUAAACGUGCAAAACAUAAAAUAAAAAUAUAUAACAGGUACAUUUAUUUUUUGUCUACAUCCACAGGUGCCAAGAGCUGAAGGGAAUGAAAAAGGCAAAGGAAAUUACUGGUCGUUUGCGUCAGGAUGUGAGUCGAUGCUUGAUCUGUUCGAAAAUGGGAAUUAUAAGAGGAGGCGAAGAAGAAGAAACAUGAAAAAAUGUCAGAAAGAAAGAAAACAAAGUCUAACAAAACCACUUCAUCCGGGGGACUUCUCUACCACUAACUCGUCCUCAUGUGCUAUGUCUGGCAGUGAAAAACAAACUGACUCGAUAACCGUACAAAUGGAAUCGGACAGUAUAUUUCCAAAUGAUAUAACCAACAGACAGAGCCAGACUGAUUCCAGCCUAGCAAAGUCCGAUGAAAUCAAAUUUAGCAUUGAUUAUAUUCUCUCAGCUCCAGACCCUUUGCCAGUACUAAGAUCCCAGCAUCAUGUUCUAGAUAACAAAUAUCAUGUCUUAGAAUGCCAACAAAGGAACCUUCAGUUCUGGAGCCUAUGA